AUGGCACAGAAGCAGGGCGACAACUACUUCGUCACUGACAUCAACUAUGACAACGAAACCCUGACUCUCGUCGAUGUCGACAUUGCCAUCGCCAGCCAGGAAUGCCCCAGGGCCAGCCACAACCUCACGCUCGGCUCGCUCCCGCUCGCCUACAACUCCGCCAACGUCAACCUCACCUUCCUCUUCAACUGCACAACUCCGGUGGUGGGCAUCCAUGCCGACUCCGUGGCCAUCAUCAGUGCCAACUUCGUGGCCAUCGGUUGCUUGCGAUCCGGUGAUAAUCAGUCGUACGUGUUCGUGAACAAGAGCCCGGAGGAGGUUGCGGCGUUAGACAAGGGGCUGGACUGCGAGGAUACGGAGGUGGCGCCGGUGAAGCGGACGAACGUGACGGCGGGGAACGUGGUGGAGGAGUUUGCCGGGGCGAUGAACGAGGGGUUUGUGCUGGACUGGGAGAAGGCGAAGGAGUGUGGCGAGUGCGAGCACUCCGGCGGGCGGUGCGCGGUCAACGAGAAGGAGCAGCUCCUGUGCUACUGCGACGACGAGAGUAUCCACAACGACGGUUCGUUUUGCGAAAGAAACAAGAAGAUUGGUCUCAAAGUUGGAAUAGGUAAUUGUUUCAAAACUCUCUCUUCCACUUCUCUACAUUCUCCCCUGCAAUUUUGUGCGACUUCUUGACAGUAAGCUUGCAUCGUUGCUCAAUGGAAUCAAUAUUUCCAAAAUAUCCUAGAAGCCUUGAAGAAGUGAUGAAGUGAGACG